AUGGAGGAAACAGCGGCCCUGCUGAGCUCUACAGCGACUAAGCAGCGCUUAGCAGGUGUAACAGGACUUUUGGAGCAGCUCCGCAAGCAGGAUGUACCUCUUGAGUCCUCUACUGAAUUGCUGCCUCAUGUUAUCCACUGUCUGCGUGGUCACAACUCGAAAAUUGCACUUGGAUCAUUAGAGAUUCUCGAAAUACUAGUCUCGAAAUCGCCCGAGAGUACUCUCCGCUUGUAUCUCAAACUGCUCUGGACCAGCCUCGUGGAGCGGCUUGGGGAUAGCAAAUUACAAGUGCGAGAGAAGGCUGUGGACGUAAUCGUAGAAUUAUCAGUUGUACUUGACGUGAAUAUGGUACUUGACAAUCUGAAAGGUUGUAUGAACCAUAAAAACUGGCGCACACGCGAGCAGAGUUUGCACGCCACAUGGAGGUGUUUGGAAAAGCACGACUUGUUUAAGGCUCAGCAGGAAAAUCUUUUUGAUGAUGUGCUAAAAUUGCUGGAAGACUCGUCGAAAGAUGUGCGUGAUGCUGCGAUAAAGGCGCUGGAGAAAUUUUACACCUUUAUCGGAUCUUCACUUUUAAGUGAUAUGGAAUAUAAGAACAUUCGCCCAGCUCAUAUGAAGAUGUUAACUGAAAGAUUUGAGCGACUUCGAGGUGCAAGUAUGAUUUUAUCCCGGGAUGCCGUUCGAUCGCAACCUUAUAAUGGUGCCCCCGAAUCGAUAAACGUCCAAUCAGACCAGUUGUCGUCAAUUUUGUCGGCAUAUGAUCUUCAAGUCUCGGCUUCUUCUACUUCGAUGGCGCGUUAUUUGGAAUCUGUCCGAAGCCGAACGCAAAACGAUGCUAAGGCUGCGGUUGCUGAAGGCGAGCGAUCUCCAUCCCAAACAUCCUCUUCAAAAAGUUUUAAUGACCAUCACAGCUCCAAACGCACUAUCGAAAAAAAAGGAAACGAUGUUACAGAAAAAGAAUUGCAAAAACAGUUAAGUGUCGUAUGUGAGAAACUUAAACUCGAGAACAAGUGGGACCAACGUGUAGGAGGUCUAAAGAUACUUCAAAGGCUAGCGAGUCGAUGCAGCAAGGCUUCAAACAGUGAAGUUGCCCUUUCCGUUUUGUCGCAAGGCAUACGUACAGUUCGUGAGCUGUUAUGCCAGCAAGUGAGUGACUUGCGAUCUUCCGUGUCUAGAGAAGCUUGCGAUACAAUACAAACGCUCGCUAAAUCCCUUCGAGACGAAUUUAAUGCGCAUGCAGAAUUUUGUUUGGAUAGUUUACUGAAAGCGACUUACGUAACGAUUCAAGUGAUUUCAACUUCAGCAGAUUCAACAAUUAAGUGCAUGAUUGAAAGCACAAGUAACGGAUACUCACGUGUGAUUCCUAAACUCAUCGAAUGCGUCAAAUCUCGAAAUCAAGUGCUGCGAUGCAACGCGGUAUGCUACUUGACACUUAUCUUAAAAAAGUGGAGCUUCAACUUUUUAAGCAAGCAUUCAGCUAUGUUUGUACCGAUCAUGCCGGCUAUUCUUCAAGAUGCACUAGGUGAUGUGCGCUCGCAGUCUAGAAAAUGCUAUUGGGCUUUGCAUCACCUCUUUCCGAAUGAAGCAAGAAACAUAUUUAGUGGUUUGGAUCGAUUGACGCAAAAGAAUUUACUUGAUGAUCCUUCCAAAAAUACAGCCAUGAUCACUCGGCACUUAGACGAGAGCUUGACAACUGCUUCAUUGACCCAUAACACAGAUAUUGAUCGCUUUGCGCUUAGAAAGAAUGCCAUCCAGCCAGCGACAAGCAUUCCUGGAGCAGUAGAUUUGACUGCCGAAGAACCGACUACAGAGAAGCUUCCGAGAAGGGUGCUGGAAGGAAGUUCACUAUCGAUCGGAGCUGAACUGGUAGAAGAAGUUCCGCGAAUGAUACCGCAAGGCCCACUGCGCGUCGGGCUAGUAGGUCGAGCAAAAUCAUCAGAUUUACAAGAUAACCCUGAAUCUACAAACCAGACGACAACACGAACUUCUACCAUAGGUCCCCUUCGAAUACGAAGUGCACCAAAGUCAUCGCCCUCAAUCGACUCAACUACCGAAAGCUUAUACACAUCGCGACAAGGACCAUCUAAUGCUGGUUAUCACACAAGCUCUCAGCACCACUCUUUGAAAGCGCAGCGAGUCCAGCUUGCGGCAGAUUCCCAGUUGCCACAACAAGCGGAGAAUAACGAAGGAAAUAAUGGUCCAAAAAGACUUCCGCUUGCAUCGAUGCCCUCACCGCCUAUAUCGAAUGCUUCAAGCCCUAGAUCCAACAAGUCAACGAUCGAAGCACGAAAUAUACCACAGCGGAUUCUACCUGCGAGCGAGUCAGAGGGGUCUAAAGCUGCAUCUUUGCCGGUAACAGACAUACUUGAGGAUGCCCUUCGAACGCUUGAAAGCAAGUCCUGGUCUACCAGAUUGGAGGCUGCAGAAUAUAUUGGUACGUAUAUACAACAGCGAGUCCAGCAAAUUGAAAGCGGUGGGAGCAGAGAUCACAAGUUGGAUGACCGAAUUACAGUUGCGUUUAUUAAGCAUCUUAAUGAUGCUCAUUAUCGAGUCUCUCAAGGAGUGCUAAAAAAUCUGCUAUCGCUAUUGAAACUAUCUCACCACACUCAGCGACUACCUUCUCAUUUGAAGUCGGUAUUGCCAAAGCUUUUUCAGAAGUUUGUUGACACCAAAGAAUCGAUUCGAGUAGUUGCAAAGGAAAAUUUGGAUUAUAUCGCGAUGACAGUCGACAACUCGACACUGGCUGCAAUUACAAUUUCGAUAUUGGGAGAUGGAAGCAAUAUGAAGGUCAAGGCUGCCAUGUGUCAUUACUUGCGCGAGUUGCUGCCAGGUGCUGGAGGGUACAUGAAACACGGUACAAACAGCAGCCACAUGAGAACGUUUUUGCUCAAAAUCGCUCUUCUUAUGGAUGCGGACGUCCCUGUCUCUGUCUCAUCAGCAUGUGGUGAGUUAGUCUCAGUCGUGGCACAGCUGUACGGUUCCGAGCUGAAUGAGGCACUAGGGUUUUUAUCUCCGUCCAAGCGCUUAGUCGUGUCCAAACUACUUCACUCUAAAAAUAUUGUGCUAAAGCCCACUCUUGUGCAACGACCACAGCUUGUCGCGUCAACAAAUUCGCAUUCAACGCGACCAUACGACGAUGACAAUGAUAACCAAGAUAUGGAAACCGAAGAUUUCAGACCAGAAAGGAGCCGAAAGCGAGCUGAGUCACCAAGUGUGACUAUCUCUAGCCCUGCUCGCCGAAACAAUCAAAAGCGGAUAAAUACAACACCCAAGGAUAUUGCCUCACAAAACGGCGAGAACCAAAAAAUGGAACUCGCUCAACCAAAAAGCUUUGCGACAGCUCCUCAAAUAAAUUCGAUGAAUGUCAAGGUAAUAUCAACCCAAAGCGUGCCGUUUCGUACUGCGUUACCUGCGAGAUUUACUGUUGACACGCAUGCCGCAUCACUCGAAGAAAUCCUUCAUGCCCUUGAGCAAAACAAUCUGUCGGAGACUGAGAUAAAGCACGCGCUAUACAAGACAUUGCACUGCAUCGAGAUUGAGUCGCCGGAGACUUGGGAUCGCUGCUUCGGGCGGCUGCUUUUACUGCUUGUUGAUGCUGCCACCGAGAAUAAUAUAUAUGCGCUAAAGGUGCUUCAACAUCUGGUCAAAGCGCAGCCAACUCGAGCGCAAAUGUUUUUUGAGUUGCUACUCCAGCGUUUGAUUGAUGCAAUUGUCCAUCAAAUUGAUGUGGCUCGCCAUUUGAUGGAGCGAAUUCUUCACGACCUCGUUAGUCAGACGAGCGACCCCAAUCUGACACUGUUAAUGCUGAUUCAAUUGGAUUCGGACAGGGAACCACCGACGUUACAAGUUGUGCUUCGACUCAUCAAAGUUUGUUUGCAGGCCUGUGAGCGCGAUACUUUUGAUUUGUCAAAAUUCUUGCACAACAACGACGGAACAGAUAGCCUUUUGAGGAUGUUGGUCCGACGUCUCGGACAUGCAAGCUCCAGUGUUCGCAAAAAUGCUGUGGAUUGUUUGGUUGCUUUUCAUUUUGCGGCAAAUGAUAAAAGCCACAUAUUGUCCAAGUAUCUCGCUACAGCACUUGACGAUACACAACUGCGGCUGGUUGAGAUCUUUAUUGACCGCGCUAGGAUGGAACGGCACCAUAUCGAUCUUUCGCUGUAA